AUGUCAUUGCUCUAUGCUGUAAAGAAGGACUAUGUAUCACCAGCAUGCACAAGCAUUCCCCAAGGUUGGAAUAGGGGGACAAAGAAAGAGGUCCGUCCGAGCCAGAUAAGGGAUCUCAACUUUGUUAAACAUAAGAAAACCAGAAAGGAAAAUGAUAGAGAUCCAGCAUUGUCACAAGAAUUAAGGAAAUACUUUGAUCCCAGGAAGCCUAAUGACAGAGUGCUCACUGAUGAGAGAGUGUCUGGUCUUCUGUGUGCCAUUAAAGAAUGUGAGCCAUCAUGCUGUGUACUAAAUUCUAUAGAACACGCCAGAGAUGGUCCCCCUCAGCCUUUGAAAGAGAAAGCUGCAGAUUUUAUAUCACAUAAUGAUAUAAAAAAUAAAACCUGCGAAGAAGUAACACCUCCAUUUUUAGAGUAUUGCCAGAUGUCCAGUGAUCAAGUAAGAAGAAUAGAAGUUACCACUCGAGGACAAAGCAGUAAUAAAGAAUGGUUUAAGCACAGAGAAGGACGUAUUACAGCAUCUAACUUUCACCAGCACCACGCUAAAAUGGAGAACAUUCUUCAUUCAAAAAGAAAGAAGAAAAGCACAUAUACCUCUCUUGUGUUCAAUAUUUUGAAUAAGAGUGAUGACAUUUCUCAUUUACCACAAAUCAAAUGGGGAAAUGACCAUGAAAAAGAUGCUAUAAAAGCAUUUAUGUCUUAUGUGGCAUCACAGCAUGCAAAUGGACUUAAUGGAUUCAGACAAUGUGGCUUGUUUAUAAAGUCUGAUUAUCCAUUUCUUGCUGCAUCUCCAGAUGGUAUGUUUUUAUGUGAUUGUUGUAGCUGUACUUGUACUUGUACUUGUUGUCCAGCUGUACUUGAGGUGAAAUGCCCAUACAAAGUAAAAGAUGAAGACAUCAACUUAGAAGCCACUUACAAACGUGUGGACUUUCUAGAAGAUGUAGAGGGGAAGCCAAGCCUCAAGCGUUCGCACAAAUACUACACGCAAAUGCAAGCCCAGAUGUGGGUAACAGGCACUGACCAUUGAUAUUUUAUUGUAUGGACUAAAGGACACAAACCAAUGUAUGAAAGAGUGGACCUUGAUAGGAAUUUCUGUAACAUUGUUGUGAACAAUAUUACUCUGUUCUACAAGACAUAUGUUUUGCCAUGCAUGUUGGGGUAUAGAGACAUAUACCAAUGCCCAAAGUGUGAUGAUAUUAUUCUAGAAGAGCCAGAGAUCAGCACUCCAGAAACCGAAAACAGCAUUUGCUGUGACAAAUGCAAUACUUMGUGGCACCUGCCAUGCACUGGUCUGUCAGAGGAUGUUGCAGAUUCUCUGGAGGAAACCCUAGGCUUAGACAACGCCUACGAUAUUGAAUACCAAAGAGUGCACAGACAAAGUAAAGGAAAGCMCGGAAAACCAAGAACAAUCAUAGCUAGAUUUCUCCGAUACACUGAUGUGGAAAGGAUAUUAAGACGCGCAAGAAACCUUAAAGGGACAAAAUACAUAAUCUUCCAAGAUUUCCCUAAAGUCAUCGAAGACGCGAGAAAGAAGCAGAUUGGCGCACUUAAAGAAGCUAAGAAGCAGGGUAAGAAAGCAGUUUUUAGCAGAUCUGAACCCGACAAACUAUAUAUUGACGGGCAAUUAUAUCAUCACGAUUUGGUCUCGAAUGAAACUCAAGGGAGGGCUGCAUGGAGUUGAAAAUAUAGUUAUAUAAACUUUAUAUAUGAUACUGGACGCUGUCUAUAUAGCUAAUAUACUUUAAUAUAGGUGUACUAGUUAAUUUCUUUAUCUUACUUUUUUUCAUUCG